GGUGCUCCUCAUCGCAUACAUGACAUACAGCUGCAAUUCAUUCAAGAGGUACUCUUGCGGUCAACUGAGAAAGAAAAAAAAUCAAAAGAAAAUCUUGAAAAUUUGCGUUUGCAUGCUUGAAAUAAUAAUUAAAUAUAAAGAAAUCAAAUUUAAAAUAUUUUGAACUUGGCACUUAGUUUUAUUGCGUAUUGUUGUGUUGCUGUGGCUUUUGCGUUCACGAAAAUUUUGGGCGCAGAAAAUCAAUAACAAAAAGCGCCACCCUACGUUUGUUGUAAAUUGAAUUUUCCAUUAUGGAUGAUACAGCCACUGAAUUGGAGACCUAUUUGGAUGAUUUAGAGAAACAAAUAGAAGAUGAAGAAUACAUUACGGACAAUAAUCAUGAGAAAAGAAUUGAGGAUGACGAUGGUGUUGUUGAGGAGUUGGAAGACAACCAAGCUGAAGAAGAUGAGGAGGAGGAGGAGGGCGUUGAGUCAGAUGACCAUGACAAAGAAGCUCCCAAUAUAAAUGAUGAUGAUUUUCUGGAUGAUGCCGAAUUAGAAACUGGCACCAUUUUCAUGGAUGCCGAAGGCAACUACUACUAUCAGAGUGGUAAAAAGGCUGUACAAGUAAAGCCCGUAACAAAGGCAAAACCCCUUGCAAAAUCUGUGGCUGCUGUUGUCAAGCGUAAAAGGAAAACAACAUCUAGUCCCCAAGGGGCCACUAAACAUAAUAAACUCGAUACCAGUAACAUUUCUACAAAAUCUACCCCUGCUAAGAAGACGCCAUCCACCAAAGCAGACACGUCCCCAAAGACCACCACACCAAAGCAAAAGUCCCAAACAAGCUUGGAAAGAUUCCUAAAGCCCAAAACUCCUAACAGCACAAGUCCCCAUAAAACACGAGUAGCAAGUAAAUCUGUAGAUUCCUCAAUACAAAUCAAACCCGACCCGGAUGAGAAACCUAUCGUUGAAACAAAAACUAGACGUGGCCGACCAAAGGCCAAUAUCACAACGUCGACAAUUAAUGAAAGUGCUAUCACAACUUCGUCUAUUAAUGAAAGUGGUAUUACCGAAGUAAAUGGAGAAGAAGUUUAUAGUUUCAACGAAACGGAAAGGACCAAUGAUGAUCCUGAUUAUACCGUUGAUGAAAAAGAUGCCGAAGUUGGUGCACGCAAAGCCAUAGUCAAGGCAUCUGCUCUAACACCUGAUGCUUCGGGCGAAUACCGAUGUACCACCUGUGAUUAUUCUUCGAAUAAGAAAUUCCUUUUAUCCCGCCAUUUAAAAACUCAUUCCGAAGAGCGUCCAUAUAAGUGUUCUGUUUGCGAACGAGGCUUCAAGACCAAUGUCUCCCUCAUGAAUCACAUCAACACUCAUUUGGGCAAUAAACCACACAAAUGUGAAGACUGUGACAUGGCAUUUACAACAUCCGGGGAGUUGACUAGACAUAGGCGAUAUCGCCAUACCUUGAUUAAGCCUCACAAAUGUACCGAAUGUGAUUACAGUAGCGUGGAAUUUAGUAAACUGAGACGCCAUUUUCGUUGUCAUACCGGCGAAAGACCAUAUCAGUGUCCACACUGCACAUAUGCUUCGCCAGAUACCUUCAAACUGAAACGUCAUAUGCGCACACACACUGGCGAAAAACCCUAUGAAUGCGAUAUCUGUCAUGCUAGAUUUACCCAAUCGAAUUCUUUAAAAUAUCAUCGACUUAUACAUUCGGUUAACGACAAGCCAGUCUUCCAGUGUCAUCUUUGUCCAACGACAUGUGGUCGCAAAAAUGACUUGCGUUUGCACAUUCAAAAAUUGCACAACACCGAAAAGCCGUUUCCUUGCAAGCGUUGUGGCAAAGAAUUACCAGAUCGUUACACGUAUAAGAUGCAUGUGAAGACGCAUGAAGGAGAGAAAUGUUAUAAAUGUUCAUAUUGUCCUUAUGCCUCCAUAUCACAACGACAUUUGGAUACGCAUAUGCUAAUACAUACCGACUCCAAGCCAUUUGUUUGUGAACUUUGCGAGCAAAGUUUCCGUCAAAAACAAUUGCUUAGCCGUCACAUGAAAGUCUAUCACACUGACAACUAUGAACGUCCAAAGCCUCUCAAAAAGGCCCAUGUUUGCCCCCAUUGUGAACGUUCAUUUGCCUUUAAGGGCAAUCUGAUACGUCACAUGGAGGUACAUGAUCCAAAUUCGACAGUAAAUGAAGAGAAAUUGCGUAUUAAAUUGGGUCGCAUGACGCGUGUUAACGCCGAUGGCACUGUAGUUAACUUUAACAACCGUCCCAGUCUGGUGUACAACGAUUAUGAGUUGGGCGAAGGCGAGGAUGUUUUACAGAACCAUGAGGGUGCCGUGGACUAUGAGGACGAAGAAGAAAAUGAUGAAAACAUACAGUAUAUAUAUGAGGAAAUUGAAGAUGAAGAAGUGGAGGCAGAACAUGACGGCCAGGAAAUUGAGUACUAUGAAGAGGUUGAGGAAAAACCACAGGUCCCAGUGGUUAAAAUAGAAAACUAUGCUGCACAUAAGCAAAGUCGCCAUACACCAGAGAGCCAUAUCUUCACUUCAUUCAAAACAGUAUCAGUGAAGAAAGAAGCAGAUUGCACAGAGUUUAUUGACCUCCAAGGGGAAGAUGGUGCAGAUUAUAUGGUCAUCGAACUGGUACAAGAUGGCGAGGAGCAGGAAGGUGAAGUACAAAUGAUUGAAGAGCAAGUAAUCGAAGAGCAAAUAGUAGAAGAAUCUGUUGUAAAAGAACGCAAACCUGUGGUAAAAGCUAAAAAUGAGACCAUAACAGCCUUGAAGGAUUGUUUCGGUUUCGAUGAUGAUGCUGAGGCCGAUGAAGACGAAGAUUUGAAUUCUGAAAAUCAAGAAUAUGCCUAAAUUAAUUAAGCGAAUGGUUUAUUUAUUUAUUUUUUUAAAUGAAAUUUUACUUUAGUGGUUUCAUUUUCCCUAAUUUAAGCACUGUAUAUAGCUAGGUGUAUUUUAUGUGUCAAUUGCCUUUCAGAAGGCACUCAGGUUUAAUUGCUUAUUUUCUUAAUUUUCUCUAGCAAACAAGCCGGAUUAUCGGAUCAAACUCAUAUAUACAGAAAAAGAUUUACUUGAUGGUCAAUAAAACCUAAAUAUGCAAUAUAUUUGUUCAUUUACAAUCUAUUGCCAAUAAU